AUUUGACUUUAUUUAUAAGUUUGUGUCUGUUAACACGCAGCAAAACUGACCUCAAACCAAUAUGGAGUCGGGUGCAUUGAGAGAAGCUACGAGCCAACUGAGUGCUGUUCUUACAUUUCUCUUGAAACUGAAACUCGACAAAAAGCUGACGUCAGAAAAAGACACGUUGAUUGAAAGCUUGAAAAAAACUCUUGAAAAAUGCCGGAAAAUCGCUUCUACAGAAGAGGGUGAGGUUUACAAUGACGUUGUAACAAACGAUUCCGAAGUUUACAAUGACGUCGAAGGAAAAGAAGUAGAAGAAACCACAUACAAUGAUACAGCUCAACCAAACGACGUUUACACGGACACUGUAGCGGACCAGCAGGAUGAAUAUACAGAUCUAGAAGCUCCUACGCGAGAAAUAGCCCCGAUUCCAUGCGAGGAGCUCACUACCGCCACCAUGUGUAACCAUCUCCACCUGAAGAGCAAGAGCAUGUUGAUGGGGGCGUGGCAGAAGAGAUGGUGCGUCUUGGAUAAAAAUGUUUUCUACAUGUACGAUAGCUCGAAAGAUAAGAAACAAAAAGAAGCGUUUAGUGUCGUUGGAUUCUCGUUCCAAGUACGCGAUGACAUCACAAAGGAAGCGAAGCGGAAAGAAAGGUGUUUCGAAUUGAAGAACGAUAAAUUGAACAAAGUUUACUGCUUUUGCGCCAGUGACAAAGAAAGUUUACAAAAAUGGAAGAAGGUUCUCUCCGCUGCCACUCGAGGUUUGUCCGCUUCACACUGCUCCACUACAAGCAUGGAAACUGUCACCCCAACGCACGGGAAAAAGUCUUUCUUUAAUAUAAUUUCAAGUCUUGGAUCGAAAAACUCCAAGAGUUCUGCUUCAAUCUCGGAGGUUGGUGACGACAGCGUGUACGACGACACAGGACCCGGGGAAACUUACGAUGACCUUGAUAUAUUGCCACCUAAUGGUGAUUAUACCGAUACCGGGGCGUCAGAAACAUACAUGGAUACAGCUGUGAACAACGACGACGUGUAUGAAGACACUCAACCUCCCGAGGAAAACUACGAGGAUUUAGCGACGAAUCCAGCACCAGACCCAACGAAACGAAACCUGCCCCUACCCCCGCCAUCUCUCGGCCCCAAACCGGGAAAAUCCCUUGGGUCCCCUCUUCUCCCCCCUCGUGACCGGAGCCCCUCUCGCUCAAGUUUGACCCCUACAGGGGAAAGCCCAGGUUGGAGCUCCGUUCCGAAGUUACCCCCUCGUUCACCCACCGGGGGGGCUCAUAUCGAGGAGUCGGGGUCGGCUAGUGGUGCGUUCAACCGGAAAGAACUUCCGGUUCCUGAUAAGUCACGUAACUUACCUCCUGUGCCGGGUAACAAACACGAAAUGAAGACGACCCCCCUUCCUCCAUCACCCAUACCCUCGCCACCGGGUGUGAUUGACGAUGUGACAUCACAAGAAGAUUAUGAGAACAUGUACCAGGGAAUGUGGGAUCUUAUUCCAGAUGAAAAUAAUGAAUUGGCGCUCAAGCGUGGAGAAAUAUGUCAUGUGAUAUCAAAGGUUGGUGUAUAAUGUCCAUAUGCAUGG